AUGUCUGGCUGGGGCACCGAGGAGGCGGCUCCAACUGCCGAUGCCAGCGGUUGGGGCAACGACACCACAACCGAUGGCGGUACCUGGGGUGGCGGCGCUGAUGCCGGGGCCAACGACGGUGACGAGGCUGUUGCGAAGCCGGCCCCUCCUCCUUUCCCAAUAGAGAAGCGUGAAGCUCCUAUUGGCGAAUGGGAGGAGAAGCAAGCCUAUGACUACGUCGAGCUUGCCACUGGUACCACUGAUUGGGCUAGCAACGCCCAGGUCUACCACUGGGAUGGUGAGAUUGGUGACGUCGGUCCCGAGUCCGCCGAGGUUGAGAAGAUCCUUUUUGGCAACGAAGAGGAACGUGGCCACGACGAAAUCAUCGACUUUAAGAAGAUCCAAGAGAUCAAGGUCUUGCAAGAGAGUGAGACACAUAUCAAUCAUGUUCAGUCGUUCCAAUCUGCCGGCCUACACCCAGUCAUGGUGCGAAACAUUGAGCUUGCCGGUUACGGUGCUCCGACUCCUGUCCAGCAAUACUGCAUUCCUGCAAUCAACAUGGGACACGAUUUGAUUGCCAUUGCUCAGACUGGUUCCGGCAAGACUGCCGCCUACUUGAUCCCAAUCAUCAACAAGCUCAUGGGCAAGGCCAAGAAGCUGGCUGCUCCUCGUCCAACUCCGCAAGAGAUCCAAGCUGGGAUUGCUCCUACUGUCACAGCAGAGCCUUUGGUUGUCAUCAUUUGCCCUGCCCGUGAGCUCGCAGUUCAGAUCUUCGAUCAAGCUCGCAAGUUCUGCUACCGUACAAUGCUGCGUCCAGCUGUUGUCUACGGUGGCGGCCCAAUGCGCGAUCAAAUCAACAAUCUGCAGAAGGGCUGUGACAUCCUCAUCGCCUCUCCUGGUCGUCUUAUUGAUAUGAUGGAGCGUCCUCAUGUCCUGAGCUUGCGACGAGUCCGAUACAUGGUCAUUGAUGAGGCUGACGAGAUGCUUCACCAGGAUUGGGAAGAGGACAUGACAAAGAUCCUCUCUGGUGGCGAGCAAGAGGAGGGCAACGUGAAGUACAUGCUUUUCUCGGCCACUUUCCCUACUCAGAUCCGAAAGCUUGCCAAAAACCAUCUAGCCGCCAACCACAUUCGCAUCCGUGUUGGCCGUAUCGGCAGCACUCAUGGCAACAUUGAGCAGCAGGUCUUUUGGGUGGACAACUUCAUGAAGAAACGUGCCCUUCUGGAUCUCCUGUACUCCUUGAGUCCUGGUCGCACUGUUAUUUUCGUCAACAACAAGCGCCUCGCUGACGAACUUGACGACUACCUCUUUCAUCAAGAUAUGCCAUGUACAUCUAUGCAUUCUGACCGAACUCAACGCGAGCGUGAGGACGCCAUGCGUGCCUUCCGUAAGGGUACAACCCCCAUCAUGAUCGCCACCGGUGUGACCGCUCGAGGCAUUGAUGUUCGCAACCUCAAGUAUGUCAUCAAUUACGACCUUCCCAGCAUGGAGCAUGGUGGUAUCACUGAGUACAUCCACCGCAUUGGUCGUACCGCUCGCGCUGGCUUGAUGGGCAAGGCCUACUCUUUCUACACCGAGCGAGAUGAGCCCAUCGCCGAGAUCCUGACCAAGACGCUUCUUGAGACUGGUCAGGAAGUUCCCGAAUUCCUGCAGCAGUACAUUCCCGAGGGUAUUGAGGCCAAGACCGGCAUUGAGGUGAAGGAUCUUAAGUUUGAGGCUGGCUCCGACGAGGAGGAUGAGUUCGAUGGUGGUGAUACUGGCGGCUGGGGUGCCGAUUCUGGUGGCAACUCCGGUGGUGACGCUGGCGGCGGCUGGGGUGGUGGUGAGGACUCCCAGCCUGCUGCUGCUGGCGAUUCUAAUGGUGGUGACACCACUGCUGCUAAUGCUGGCGACUCCUGGGGUGCUGGUGGCGACACUGGUGGUGCUGCUUGGUAG